AUGGCUUUACAGGACAUAUGCAAUUUUCAGUCUGUCUUUGAGGACCGUCUAACUACAGAAUAUCCUGCAGUGCCACAUGGAAAAAAGAUUGCUUCCAACUAUGUGAGUGGUUUGCCCUUUAGCAAUAACAAAAGUUUGUUUCACUUUUAUAUUCCAGUGGCAGAGUACUUAGAUGAAAGUCCGAUACAGUUUGGGCAAAUCAGCACAGUCCAGAACUGCAGCGCCGUCUCAUCUGAAGACCCCUUCUUAACAUCCUCCUCCUUGCCAACAUGCCUUCCGUUUGCCUCUUCACAGUCUGUGCCUCUGCCCUUUCCCAUGGCUCAUGGCACCACCACCUUGGCUUUCAUGUUCCAGGGUGGCGUGAUGGCUGCAGCAGACACUCGUUCCAGUUGCUCAGGCCUCGUCGCGUGCCCAGCCUCGCAGAAGAUCCUGCCCAUUCACAGUCACUUGGUGGGCCUGACCUCGGGCACUUCAGCCGACUGUGCGCUUUGGAAACGUAUUUUGGCUCGCGAGCUGCGGCUUUACCAACUUCGCCACGGUCGACGGUUGUCCACGAGCGGAGCUGCCAAAUUGCUUUCGCACAUGCUUCACCCUUUCAAAGGAACUGAGCUGUGUGUGGCUGCCACGUUGUGUGGGUGGGAUGGAGGAGAGGUGGACGAUGGAUGUGAUUACCAUGGAGGCACAGAGACCAGUCCUGGUAGUCGAGGAGAAACAACAAAGAAUCAAAUGACUGAGCAGAAAAACUUUGUAGAUAGCACCAAUGCAAAGGUUUCUCUGGCAAAGGAUGAACGCUUUUCUUUCUCUCAGCAGUGCUUCAUCAGAAAGAAAAUGAAUUUAUCUGGACCAAGGCUUUUUUAUGUAUGCAGUGAUGGUACUCGCCUACGGGGAAUGCUUUUCUCUGUGGGCUCAGGAUCCCCUUAUGCCUACUCAAUUUUGGACCAAGGUGUUCACUGGGGGCUGACAGUAGAUGAGGCCAAGUCAAUAGCUAGAGAAGCUGUGUACAGAGCUACAUAUAGGGAUGCAUAUUCCGGAAACUGUGUGGACAUGUAUCACAUCACGUCAAAAGGCUGGACACGCAGAAACCGGGAGGAUUUGAAAGAGGAAUAUUACCGAGAAAAGGAAAGGCGAAAGCAUGAGAAAACAGAGAGGCGGGAUGUGACUUUUUCUGACUAA